CGGUUACAGAAUAAGAAAAUUUUUUUAAAUAGAAAAAUCAAAAUAUUGAAAACAUAAGUUAAAAAUAUGCCAUUUAUUCGUUUAAAAGAGGCAACUAGUCUUCAAAAACAUCAAGUGGAAGGUAUAGAAUGGAGUGAAAAGGUUUGUGAGUUGAAAGACAGAGCUUCAAAGGUUAUGAAUAUUCCCGUAGUAGAACAAAAUUUGAUAUAUGGGGGACAAUUAAUGAAAGAUAACAUGGCCUUGUCAAGUUAUGGGAUACAAGAUGGUUGUACUGUCCAUGUCGUGAGAAAAUUUCCACAAAUAGAACCAACUGAACCUGAAGGUAGUGGUGCUUCCAUAGAAAAUGUCAUGCAAGUUCUUGAAGCAGCCAUUAAAAGUCCAGCCUACAGAACCACAGUUGAAAAAAUUCUUACCAAUCCCGAGAUGAUGGAACAGCUAGUGGCAGCUACUCCAGGUCUUUCAAAGGACCUCACAGCUAUGGCUCUCCUUCAAGACCAAGAACUUCUUCAACAAGUUAUAGAAACAGCUGACAUUGAACAAGUGGUUCAACAGCAUCCAAGUCUAGUUGAAGCUGCAUCAUACAUCGCAGCUGCUACAGCUACAGAAGGAGGGCAGGGUAGAUCUGGACUACAGAAUGUUAGAAGUAUACUUGCUGCUGAUGAAUCUGAUGAAGACAUGCCUGAUGUAGAACCAGGGGUGUUGGCUCGUGCAGAAAUGAUCGCAGCAAGAGAAGAAGUCAUUCAGGCAUCUGGUCGACCUGUGCCUGUAACACCAUCUAUGUUACAAUCUGCUCUGGCUAGUGCAGGACUACCUUCGUCAUCACCAACAGAAGGGCCAUCAAGAAGUACAGGAACCCCACAGCGGGUUACUAGAGACAUGUUUACUGACGCAAUAACUACUGCCCUGUCUGGUCGUGCAGCUGCUGCUGCCGCAACUGCUGCUGUUAAUACUAGCAAUUCACCCAACACUGAACCACCAAGCAAUGCUCAAUUGCAGAACCAGCUUCAGCAACUACGCGACAUGGGCAUCACAGAUGAUGAAGUUAGUUUACGAGCACUCAGAGCAACUGGAGGCAACGUACAAGCUGCUCUUGAGUUCAUCUUUGGUGGAACAUGAUAUUGAUGUUACAAAUAAUGAUCUUAUAAUUUAAUUAUUUUUUGUUAACACUGUUGUACAACUAUUACCUAUGUAUGCAACUAUUUCAAAAGACGUUGAAUACUGCAUACUUAAUAGUGAAUAGUGAAUAGCAACUUAUGUCAUUGUGGCAGAUAACAACAGUCUUUUGGAAGCCAAGUUUAGAUUUAAGGUACAUAUUUUAGAUACUGACUGUAUUUUAUGUAAGUACAGAAUGUUUUUUUUACAAUUUAGCAAUAAUUCUAAACCUGUGUUGCGCUAUUCAGUAUGCAGCAUUCAACAUUUUAUAAAAUAGCUGUAUAUACAUUUGAAUGUGAAGUAAUAUUUCAAAUCCGACAAUGAGGACAGGACGGGAUUUCAAGUCCGCGCAAUUAGUUCCAGUCCGAGGCGAAGCCGAGGACUGGAACUAAUUGCAAGGACUUUGAAAUCCCGUCCAGUCCGAUUUGGAGGAUUUGAAAUGACUUCUCAUACUCAUUAAUUAUUCGGGAGGGAUGUUGUUUUUAUCUUGUAUUUAUUUCAUUGUAUAUGAUCUUCGCUCCAUUCACCUAGUUGUAAUAAUGACAAUCUUUUGUUUUGUAA